AUGGCGGACAGCGAGAACGAGAAUACGCAAAGUCGCGACAGCACGCCGGAACCGGAACCGGAACCUAUACCACACGAGUCCAAGUAUAAGCAUAGAUAUGGUCCUCAGUUUCGCAUCGGCUUAGCAGACGCAGCGCUGAUCGAGUACGUGCGCGAUCACCCUGUGAUAUUCGACCCCUCGCACUUGCGCUACAUGGACACCAAUUUCAAACAGGGGCUUUGGGUCAAAAUCGGAAGACAGCUGAAAGUCAACCCUAGCUCAUGUAAGGCGCGCUGGAACAACAUCCGAGAUCAGUACCGCAAGACGCUGCGCAAGCGCAAAAGCAAGAUACAGUACAAGUUCGCGCAUCUGAUGGGCUUCAUGGACCCCAUCUACAAGGGUCAAUUUGACCCCAGUCCUUCCCAGGCAGUCAACAUAAGCUCAAAAACAGAACACUCAGACGACAGCAACGACAUUCAAAAGUCUCAAAACCCAGAAGAAUCACAAAUAAAAUCACCCAAUCACGACGAUCAAUCCGAGGCCGACGCUCUCUCCAACCAAUCAGAGUCCGUCGUAGACUACGAGAUGUUCGAAAAGUCCAGCGUCCCCCCGCGCCCCGCGCCGCAGGCCGUGGACGAGUUCUUCGCCGCGAUUGGGCCGACGCUGAAGGCCCUGAGUCCAUACCAUUUAAGUCUGGCUAAGGCGGAGAUUUUUGCGGUCGUGCAUAAAUAUGAGUUGAAAGGGAUUGUACAGGGUGGGUGGGCGUCCCCGAAUGUUAAUCCUUUGCCUUGAGGUCU